GCCAAUGGUACUCUACUUUUUAAGUAACAAAGGCAUUUACAGAGGCAUUUUGGUAGCCUAAAUUAGUUCCCUGUAUUUUAUAUUUUUUUGCGCCAAGUGGACGCUGACCUGAGUGAGAAUGAAUUUGAGGACCUGAACAAAGUCUUGUUCAAUUGGCCUACCCUACCCUACUGUACAUUCUUUUCAGUAGAUUAUUGGUAUCCGUGACCAUGAGGACCCCUGAAAAAGUGUGCUUUGCCGUUUUUAUACAUUGCCAGUACCUACUUUUAAUGUCUACAGGCUAAGUAUGCCAACAUGUUACUCAGAUGCGUUGAACUCCACAAUCUCAAAUGUGAAUGUGACCUUUCUUAAGAACAAAGGACAAACUAAAGUAGGUUGCUGUAUCCAUGAAGACCACUGCAAAAAGUGUGCUUUAUCAUUUCUAUGCAUUGCUACUUUUCAUGGCUUUUAGCCAUGGAAAGGAUCUCUUCAACGAUAAUGGAAAUUUACAACUCCCAGACUCCUACAACAUAGGCUGGAUGGGGGCCAUUGAGGAUGAUACAUUCGUAUCCAACAUCACCAUCCCUGGUACCCAUGACACCAUGGCUCUCUACGGUGGUCCGUUGGCUGAGUGUCAGGCAUGGAAUCUGAAUGACCAGCUGAGAGCCGGCAUACGCUACUUGGACCUCCGCAUUUUUGCACUAGAAAACAAGCUCUAUGUUAUGCAUGGCGUUGUCUACCAGCACACUUCUUUCAUUGAUGUUUUUGACACAAUCAGAGCAUUUCUGUCAGAGUUCCCCAGUGAGAUGGUUCUCGUUAGAGUGAAGCCUGAUUUGUUUGAUAAAGACAACGUUGAGAAGAUGGUAGAAAAAAUGGUUAGUAAUGACAAAGAUGUUUGGGUGAGGUCUGUAAUGCCAACCAUGGGUAUGGCUCGAGGAAAGAUAGUCUUUGUGCAGAAGUCCAGCUUUAAACUGGGUGUUCCUCUCCUGGAAACUGACACAAAGGGUGAUUAUGAAGUCACUCAUAUUGCAGACAAAGAAAAUACAAUUGAUAAGUGUUUGACCCAAGCAGCUGAAGACACUGGACGGGAUAAGAUUGUUCUCAGCUACUCCAGUGGCACUGGUGUUGGUACAUUCUGGGGCAUGUUUCUAACUCCCAAAAAGGUGUCUGAAAAGAUCGACCCCUGGUUGGAUCAGUACCUGAGGAGGUUCUUUAACGACCACCCAGGGUCAUGUUUAGGUGUUAUUGCAAUGGACUUCCCUGGUAUAGACCUCAUUCAAGAAGUCAUAAAGUUUAAUAAGUGAUGGAAUCUAGUCUGAUUUCUAUGAUUGCUUCAAGUAAUAUUUCUUAGCUUAAAGUGCAAUACAGAGUAUGGCUACAGCAUAAUCAUAAAAAUA